GAUAAAUAACGCGAAUUAUGAUUAUUUAGCUGCAUUUCUUCUCCUUUUUUUAAUUAUUUUAUGCGUCGAAGAUAUCAAAAUUGUUAAUUUUUGCAUAAUUCAUAUAUUUCUUUGUUCUGCCGACGACUUUUUAAUCUUUUCAGUAAGUAUAAUUAAUAUUUUGUUGAUAAAAUGUUAUUUAUGAGUGACUUAUUUAUAAAAAUUUUUAUGAUAGUAUGAUAUUUUUAUGAUAAAUUUUUUAUCGAUAAAUUCGAUUUUUUCAUAAGUUAUUUUAAUGGAUAAUGAAUAUUAUUAUAUAAAAAGAGAUAUUAAAGAUAAUUUUCACUCCAAGAAUCUUGAAUUUAGUUCUCCAUUCAUGAUUGAUGAUGAAGAUGAAGUUCUAAAUGCUAUAGAAAAUCAUGGAAAUAUGAAUUUUUAUAUGGCUAAUUAUAUUAAAGAUGCUAUGAAAAUGAUGUUCAUUAUGCGUAGUCAUCAUAUGCUCACUGAUGUUAUAUUAGAAGUGGAAUCAGAAUUGUUCUAUGCACAUAAAGUCAUUUUAGCUGCUGCUAGUCCAUACUUUAAGACAAUAUUUACAGAAGACUUAAAAAAAUCUCAAAUAUCUAAAAUAAAACUUCAAGGUGUCAAUUCAACAACCAUGGCGUGCUUAAUAUAUUUCAUGUAUACUGGCAAAAUAAGAAUUACAGAGAUUACAGUAUGUUCUCUUUUAUCAGCAGCUACAAUGUUUCAGAUUAGUAAUGUCAUAGAUGCGUGUUAUGUAUUUUUAAAAAAACAAUUACAUCCCACAACUAAUAUUGGAUUUACUAAUUUUCCCGAACAAUACAAUUACUUGAAUAUAUGUCAAAAAGUAAGCAUAAAGCAAGAAAUAUCUCAACAAUCAGCAGAAAAUGUAAAGGAGAAAACCAAAAAUAAAUCCAAAUUACAAGAAACUGAUUUGUUGAAUUUAGAAAUACCAGAUAGUAGUAGUAUAAAUAAUAUUGCGAAUUCUGGAUUAAGUAACUUUUCUAAUCAGAAAGAAGGUGAUCUUUUAGGAGAAUUUAAUAAUUUUUUUCAGCAAGAAACAAAAAAUACUAUACCUAUCAUUACUGAUCCUAUUCAGAAUAAUUUAAUUUUUUAUGACCAGCCUACUAGGAAUGAUAAUAAUAACUUGAAUGAUUUAUUUUUGAAUGAAAAUCAAACUACUUCAAAGCAAAAUCUUGAAGAUUUAUUUGAUUCACUUGGUAAAAAAUCUAUGAAUAAUCUAUUAGAAAAUGUACAAAACAUUAAGUUGAAUAAGAAGUCCUCAUUAAAGGAAAAUUUUCCAAGAAAUUCGAACGUUCAAAACAAGAAUUUCUUAGUAAACCUUGUCAAUUCUUUGGGAGCUACUGAACUAACUUCUAUCUGGAAUGAAACAACAAGAAAUUCUAAUAUUCCAUCAGCUAGCACAUCAAUUAAUUCAAAUUCUAAUAGACAUAGAAUUAAUGAUAUUAAUAUUGCUAAUAUUGCUUCGGACAGUAAAACUAAUAAAUCAAAUGGAGAUGUUUUCAAAGAUUUAUUAGAUAGUCAAGGAUACAAUUUUUUUAAUUCACGAAAAACUGAAAAAGACAAUCCAAAAACAAUAAAUCAAAUGAGGAAAAUAGAAGCAGCCAAGAUUAUAGAUCCGGAUAGAUUAAAAAUUGUUGAAUGGACAGAAGGAAAAAGAAGUAAUUUGAGAGCUCUUCUUUCUUCGUUACAUAUGGUUUUAUGGUCAGAAGCUAAAUGGCAACGAUGCGAAAUGCAUCAAUUAGUCACUACUGCAGAUGUAAAGAAAGCUUAUAGAAAAGCUUGUUUAGCUGUGCAUCCAGAUAAGCAAGCAGGAACAGUUAACGAAAAUAUUGCAAAAUUAAUUUUUAUGGAACUGAACAAUGCAUGGAAUACGUUCAAAAACGAUGCGUUGCAACAAAAUUUAUUUUAAUUAUUCAUUAUUUUUUUUAAAUUUAUUAUUUCGAUUAUUAAAUGUAAAAAACUUCUUUGUUUUAUAUUCCGACUAAUUUUAACUGUAGUGAAAAAAAAAUCAAUAAAAAUCCAAUUCGAAAAAAUUUAGCGAUUGCAAAUCGAAAUUAUAUUUGAAUGGUUCCAUACAUUCUUUAUAAUAUUAAAAAAAAUUUUGUAAAUAAAUUGUGUUAAGUGCAGCAUAACAUAUAUAUGUGUAUAAGAUAAAAUAUAAUUUAUGAAAAAUAAUUUUUAAAAA